AGAUGAUUGAAUGCCCAAGUUCCUUGUUGCCCACCGAUCGGGCGCCCACCGACUGGCUGCCAUCGCCCUAUACCGCGCCCUCGUUUCGCAAUGUACGCAGCUAGACAUUCCCGCCGAGCGCGGCCGCCAACUGCUCCAUCUGGUCAGGCAUCGCUUCGAUUCCUUUCGACACACCACCUCCCACCGCGAGCUCAAGCUAUUGUUCGAAGCCGGCUACGAGGCCGUGGACCGUCUGGACGCUGCCGUUGCGGGUGACAAGAAGAGCAAGCAGUAUAUAUUGGACUUGGUUUGUCGGGCGCCCCACAGCGCGGCGGGCAGAAUCAAGAGCAGAAACUCCGUCAGUGACGACUACAACGAGCCUUUUCCUCCGCCAGUCGCCGCUGAAGGCACUGCUCCGAGUGAUCCACUGCUUUGUCAACCAGAAAUCGCCCCACGCGAUACCUCUCCCAGCCGCACCUCGAUCUUCGAACGUGCCAUUCCCCAUGACCAGCUCGGGGGGACGGGAAAACGACAAAUUCCCAAGAUCUUCAGCGCCAAUGUCAUUCCCGUGCUCCGUUUCAAGAAGCCUCAAUCACCAGCCUUGACAGGCUAUCUCAACUCGCGCAUCGAGCAACGACAGAAACGCCACAAUCUCCGACACCGUUUAGAAGCCGAGCUACAGGUCGCGAGUCUCGAAGAUCAAUGGGACGAUAUCAUGUACAAACAAAGUGGCAUCGAAGGCGGAAGUGCUGAACACGCUCCAGCCGCAGUAGCCAAAGCAGGGAAUAAUAAUAAUUUUUUUACGCCCCCCGAGCCUCGUUGGACACGCGAGAUUGCAUCCGAGCUGCGAAUAGUCAGCAAAAGGCUCGACGACGAAAAAGUCAAGAACAGAGCCAUGGCAGAAAAAAUGUACAAAGUCAUUGAUCGAGAGAUGGUGUUGCUCGCACAAGAGCAGGAGCAAGAGCGACUAGCAGAAGAGGCGCGUAAGCAGGAAAUUCGAGAUGGAUUGGAAGGCUUGACUGAUAUGGUGGGCGAGAUCUGUGACGCUGAUGAUGAUUAUCAUCAUUGGGAAAAGCCCGCACAGCAGGAGAGCUACACGUAUCGACCGUUUUAGCUCUUUACUGCCGAGUUGCGUGCAUGUAUGGACCUCUCUUCUCUCAUUCACUCACUCACUCACUCACUCACCUCAUUCAGAUCUUCCUAAUUACCUAACUACCUUGCUUUACCUUGCCUUUCCUCCCCUUUCCUUCUCAUCCCUUCCCUUAUCUUAUAGUACAUUAGGCAUCUUUCUCGCGACCAAAACUCC